UUGAUGCCUGAAGUUGCCGUUGUUUGGACACUGUGUUGCUCUUAUCUGCUCCUGACAUAGAAGAUACAUUAAACCCGAAAAAGGGACGAGGUGGGCAUUUACCGGCUGACGAGUUUAUGAGUAACACGGGAAGCGUGUCAUCGCUAGGACUUUGAAUUUGCGCACUAGCGACAGAAGAGCUAGCUCCAAAAGCUUGAACCUUCGGUGGAAGGAAGAAAGAAAAACAGCAAAGGCAGCCGACGGCUUGGCGUGCUUUCUUUGUUUAUGUCGUGCCAGUCUGAACCGCAGUAUUAAUUUUCUGUGUCUCGAAAUUAGAUUUUUUUUUCUGCAUACACGUAAUUUAUAUUUAUUCUUAAUUGCCAGUACGUGAAAAGGGCAAGUAGCUCGACAGCUAACGUUAGCCCAUAGCGCAAAGAAAUAGUCUUGUUGUCAAGGCUUGCUUUCGUAACCGCCCGACAGUGACAGAUAACGACAGCUAACAGUAGGAACAGUCGGGUUUGGAGCAAUUAUUUCCGUACCUCUAUUUUGUAGCUGUUCGUCACUGGAUCAUAUGCUCUGUUGGUCCGUUGGAUACACAGGACACAGCACUGUAGCCGAACAAGCACUUAUUAUAUUGAAGCCUGUUGGACAAGUUUGAUCUAUCUGCUUGUUUUGUUCUUGACUUUAAAUUAAGUGAAUUCAAGUUGGGAGUUUUUUUUCAGUAUCGAUUUUUAAACCACACAAUCGAGCAGGAGGUUAACUGACAGCUGGCCUUGUGCGUUGUAGGUUUGCUGACAGGUUGCGUAAUUUGUUUGUGUGCAAGCUGUCAGCCUCUGCUCGGUAACUUGUUAGAUUGUAAUUUAAAACAUAUGUAUUUCUUUAAGCCUUAGGUGUUCCGCCAUAGGUGGCUUUGUGGAUAUCAUUUUAAAUAUUUAACUAUUUUUUGUCAUUCUUCAUUGGUACAAUUUUAAUGUCAAGAACAUAUGACAUGUGAUAAAGAGUUCACUUUUUACUGUACCUUAUAGACUGAGUAGCUGCUUGAUGCUCACACUCAUGAAUUUUGUGGCUUUAGAAAAAGAAGUGGAGUUAUGAAUUAAAGUAGCCAUCUGAAACUAUUGUGACAGAGUACUGUAAUCAGGUAGAGACAAGCAGAGAGAAAGGGUCCCUCAGAGGGUCCCACUGUGUCUUGAGGUGAGGUGAGCUGCCCCCCAACUACUUGCCAAUGCUGGAUCUGGAGGUGGUGCCUGAGAGAUCACUAGGAAAUGAGCAAUGGGAAUUCGCCUUAGGGAUGCCAUUGGCCCAGGCCAUCUCUAUUCUACAAAAACACUGCCGCAUCAUCAAAAAUGUCCAGGUGCUAUACAGUGAACAGACGCCACUCAGCCAUGACCUCAUACUGAACUUGACUCAGGAUGGGAUUAAACUGCUGUUUGAUGCCACAAAUCAGAGACUCAAGGUGAUCGAAGUGUACGACCUGAGCAAAGUCAAGUUGAAAUACUGUGGAGUUCAUUUCAACUCUCAGGCCAUUGCCCCCACAAUAGAGCAAAUAGACCAGUCAUUUGGAGCUACGCACCCUGGAGUUUACAAUGCUGCAGAGCAGUUGUUCCAUCUCAACUUUCGAGGACUUUCUUUCUCCUUCCAACUGGACUCUUGGAACGAAGCUCCAAAAUACGAGCCUAACUUUGCCCUGGGUUUGGCCUCCCUGCAGAUUCCACACGGGGCCAUGGUCAAGAGGAUGCACAUCUACACUGGCAACAACCUGCAGGAAACAAGAGCUCCGGCAAUGCCGUUGGCUUGUUUCCUUGGCAACAUCUAUGCAGAGUGUGUGGAUGUCCUGAGAGAUCGGGCAGGGCCUCUGGGGCUCAAACUCCGCCUUCUCACUGCAGGUUGUGGUCCUGGUGGGAUGACUGAUGCUAAAGUGAGGUCCCUAGAGAGGAGCAUCUACUUUGGGGAUUCCUGUCAGGAUGUACUGGGUGCUCUGGGCUCACCACAUAAAGUCUUCUACAAGUCUGAGGACAAGAUGAAGAUCCACUCUCCAUCACCUCACAAGCAGGUUCCUUCUAAAUGUAAUGACUACUUCUUCAAUUACUUCACCCUUGGAGUGGAUAUCCUGUUUGACUCGACAUCUCACCUGGUUAAGAAGUUUGUCCUCCAUACCAACUACCCUGGACAUUAUAACUUCAAUAUAUAUCAUCGAUGUGACUUUAAGAUUCCACUAGUCAUCAAAAAAGAAGGAACUGAUUCUCAGACAGAGGACUGCAUCUUAACCACCUAUAGUAAGUGGGAUCAGAUUCAGGAAGUUCUGGGUCACCCGAUGGAGAAACCUGUAGUGCUCCACAGGUCCUCGUCAGCCAAUAACACCAACCCAUUCGGCUCUACUUUCUGUUUUGGACUGCAGAGGAUGAUCUUUGAGGUGAUGCAGAAUAACCACAUAGCAUCAGUGACCCUCUACGGUGCUCCACGGACCACCAGUCAAGCCCGACCUGAGUCCAGUAGUAGUUCCCACUGAACAAGUAACCAGAACCACAUCCCAUUCUGGCUUGUCCUGAAUCUAGUACCUCUACUGACUGAACUUCUAACCCAGAGCCAGAUUCUUAACCAAGCAGACCUAACCCAGAACAACAACGUUAUUCUUGCCCAGUUCAGAUGCUAAACAUUGAGCAGAAAUACAACAAGAACCCAAAAUAACUCAGAAGCAACCAAAUCACACCUCACCUCACAUUAAUCAGCUUUUCCUUGUGGGUAUUAAAAUUUAUUCUUCCAAUCAGACACACCCAGCGACAAAGUCAACCCAACUCUGAAUAUCCCAGGACACCCACAGUGGUCGCAGUGCUGGAGCAUUGAUGCUUUGAAAUGAAACCAGUGAAAUUAUUUCUCUGUUGUGUGGGAAUAUAACCGCGGUGCUGCAAACUGACAUAGUGAAGAAAUUUGCAUUCUGGUAGAGCUCAGCUGUUUCCUAUCUCCAUCCUGUGACUGCAUCCGCCCAGGACCACUGAAGAAGAAUUUCUCCUGACUGUAGUUUGGAUGUCGUGUUUCCACCAGUAUGAUGCACUGGCAGCCUAAAUGUGACAAUAACCUCCAUAAACAUUGUGGUGGUCAGACAACUACCAUUUGAAUUCAUCUACUGCAAAUCUCUAAAUGUUAAACAUCAAAGAUGGAGUUGUGAAGUUAGCAUGGCUGCUGCUGAGAACUGCUGUGGCCCAGGUCUCGAAACAAGCUCUGGCUUGACCCACUGAUUAUACAUCAACCAACCACACUGCCAGUCCAACCAGUACCGCCUGUCUUCCUGCCACAUCUUCAGUACGAGGCCCGACCGGCUCAGUCAAAACCUAAACUCACCCACACCGCAAGAACCAAAUCAGCCCAGCCCAACCAAGAGACAUCAGAGCCAAACACACUGAGAGCCACAGAGGACUGUAACCAAAAAAAGAAAUGCAAGAAUCCAGAUUUUGUUGUUCAAAAGAAGAACCAAACACACUCAGGGUGUGGGAGAGAGACGUGGCCCAGAAGGUAACCUGCUCCGUGGCCGGGCCAGUCAAACAAGAUGUGAAUCCUCUUUAAGCAGAAUGAUCCAAACAUCUAACAUCACCUCCCCGAUUAUUGCCUCCCUCUUCAUCUUCCUACCCGUCCUUCAACUUCGUUCAGUGGUGCCCUCACACACAGACUGUCUCACACACACACACACACACACACACACUCACUCACACACACAGACACACAGACUCUUUCACUCACUCACACACACACACACACACACAUACAUACAUAUAACAGCAGUGAGCACUCUAUUAACCCAAAGCUGUUACUUGCAGCGCCGAACAUUAGCGUCACACACACUCACAUAAAUGAAUAUCUGCAUGUGUUAGGCUGCUGAUUUUUAAAUUUUACAUUUUAAGACUUGACUUCAAGCACACACACACCCAGCAUUUCAAACCCUUCACUACCGUGUCACAUGUAUUUCUAGUUACAGGAAAGCAAGCUGGCUCAUCUUUUUUAGCCUUUAAAGCGCAACACAAAUAUAGAAACACGCAGGCAUGACACAAGAAUUUGCAUGAACUUGGUAGACGUUUUCGAAUGGGAGGAGACUAAUUACAAGCACAAACUGGCAACCUGUUGCGUUUAUUCGAUCCUGCAUGUUGUGAGGGGCAUAGACUUGGCACAGUUUCUUUAUUUCUCUCUGCCCUCUUUCACUCAUUAGCAGCAUGACCAUUUUCAUUGUGCUCUGUGUUUUUUAAAAUCCAUUUUUACAUUUGCACUAAUACACACCUUUUUACUUGACUGGUUGAUUCCCUAUGCUCAGAGAUGGAUUUGUGGAGGUAUUUGGAGAGAGAGUGGUGUGUGUGAAUGUGUAAAUGUGUGAAUGUAUGUGUGUUUUUAUCCAUAAGUUUGGACAGAGGAGAGGUCCUCCCAUGGUGCAUGGUGUUUGCAGUCAGGUCCUCUGUGUUACACUCUUCUCUCUUUUCUCUGUGCUUUCUUCAUCUCUACAUGUGACUGAUGCAUUGCAAUUCAUCCCUCAGCAAUGUCUGCAUUUAUUUCUUUGUUGAAUUGCCAAAUGCUAUAGCCAAAGACCUUUCAGGAUGAUUAAUGUUUGAUCUGCAGACGUUAUCACUGUAAUAUUUUGUCCAAACCUUUCCUGUGGAGAGAGCCGUGUGUUGGCCAUUCUCCUUUCUUUUGAAUCAAAGUCACUGCUGUGGUAAAGCCUCUAAAUUCAGCUCCUGGUUUCUCUAACUGCUGACAGUAAUUACACAAGACAGGAAUAGCUGACUUGUGUGUUUUGAAACCAAUCAGCCUGUCUUUCAUCUCAGUUUAGUUACAGCUAGAGACACAUUAACAGUAGUAACAAUUAGUGUCAUCCCUAUCAUUUGUACAGUGCUAAUUGUUGUCAUUCCUUCAUCAUAAUAUUUGGCUGCAGUUUGCAUCUCCCUCUAAUGUAUAAAUUUAAGUUCUUUUUUUUAUUUACAAGCAACUGAAUAAACUGUGUAUUAAUUUUAAUACACAUAUUCUCUUUUAUUGUCCCUUGAUAUAAAUGCCAUUUGCUCUUAUCUUUUCACAGUUGCUGAAUGUCUGAUUGUUUGUGUCUACAUGUGUGAAAGCAUCAGGGUUGAAGUCAGGGCCCGUCUACAUCACGUCAUGUGGAAAGUGCUGACCAGAGAUAAAUUACUUUUUGUUGAGAAUUAAAGGCAGUUGGCUGCUUGUAGAAAACUAAACUUUUUUUUUUUUUUUUAAACGGGUAAUAUCUUUUGAGGUAGCAUCAUAUAAAGCAGUUUCAAGUAGUUUUGACAUUGAAACUUGCUCCAGUGUGUUAUUUUACUUUGUACAUUUUCUUCAACAAACCCCACUGAGUUAAUUGAUUAAUUGAGUAAUUAUACCCCUCACUAAAAACAGAGGGCGUCACGAUGUGAGUCAGCUGUGCUUUAAACCAGAUUUUCAAUGAACAAAAAAAGAAUAGUAGAGAGACUUUUUUCAUUAUAAUAUCAGAAGAACAAAAUUUUUGGAUCGCCAUUGAUUAGCAAUUCUAAUUAAACCUUUUUUUAAGAAUCACUAAUAGUCUUUAUUUACAGUACCUUGUUUCUUGGCACAGCACGGCUCUGACAUGUAGGAUUGUUAAACAAGACCAAGUCAAAGAGCAGUUGAAGAAAUGGCCCUAAUGCGUUUGGAGUUGAUGUACAAAUGCUGUAAAUAGUUGUGUGAUCUUAUUCUGGCGUCUUCUUAUUUAGAUGAUCUCAAUGGCUUGGUACAGACAUAACUGACUAAGAUCCUGGCUGGGUAUCUUAACAUUUCCUCCUUGAUUAUGAUUACAUUUAAAUCUCAGGAGGAGGCAUCUACUCACAACUGACUCAUUAACAAUCACUGGAAAGUUUUUGUUGUUUUUUUUUAAAUUCGAGACCACUCAGUAUUGAAACUUUUUUUCAUGUGUAAUGCUAAAGCUGCAGGUGCACAGAUGUGUUUAGUGUCAAUAGAUCACCCUGCUUUUCAGCUCUGCUUGAACUGAUCCAUAGAAAGUACAAAGCUCCAUUUGCACAGGCAGAGAAAACAAUAAUCCUUCUUCACAUUUGGACCGGGAGAGAGCUCUGAUAGAGAUGUUUUUGUAGAGUGGACAGAAUCAGAUUUGAAGUCUAGCUUUGGCAUGUUGCUAGAUUUUACAUCCCAUUUGUUUACACUAAAAAAAAAUAUCUUUUUGGCUGCAGCUUUCAUGCAGCCAAACUCCCUCCCAAGUGAGGUGAUGUGGUUUCUGAUGCCAGGAGAGACGGAUGUUCCACUCCUUGCUUUGGUGAAACAGGGACGUCCGUGUUAAGUAAGGAAACGGAUGUAAUAUAACUGUCAUGAAAGCUAUAUUCAAACAUUUUACUACCACUUGCUUUUGUGCAAGCAGAUAUAAGAAAUCAAGAAGAAAAAAAAAAAACAACACAAAACUGUUGAACAUUGUGCCUCAUCUCCCACCGAGCCUGUCUUUGACUUUUGUCUCUAUCUCCUCUAUUGGAAACUCCUUGUAUAUACAAUUUGAGAAUGCAUAUGAACUGCAUCAUUGUACAGUAUGUAUGUUUGUGUCACUGAGCAUUAUCAACAAGCUAACAUGGUAUUAUUGCCGUCUCAGUCAUUUUAGUUUUCCUGUUACCUGCAGAAAACGGCAGGUUGGGUUGGGUUUCCUAAAAUGAGGAUGGGUUUUUCAGGGUUUUUUUUUUUUUUUUUCACCAUCUCAAUGUUUUGUAUUUGAUCUGUUUCUCUGUUUUAUGUGGUGUGUGUGUUUAUAACUACAUUAAAUGCCCAGAACAAUGUGCAAAUGCUCCCAACCCUUAAAAGCUCAACAGAGUUAUUGUGGAAAAUGAUUUUAGCAAUGCAAUUCUGCCAACAAAAAAAAACAAAAAAAGAAAAACAACCUAACUGUCCAAAAACUCAAAUGCGUGUUGACAGGGGAUUUUUAAUUAAAACCUGAGGGAACACCAUUCUUUGCCUGCCUCCACCCUCUGCUGAAUUUGAAUAAAUUGGUAAUUUCCCAAAAGAUCUCAGGGCUAACUCAAGCUUUGCUCCAUUGGAAGCAGAUGGGUAAAAAACAGAAACAGUAGAGGCAGCAGUGAAUGAAGCCAAUCAAGAGGCUUCUUCGGAGCAAUGUACAUAAAAGUCCAGCUAUCAAAGUAAACUGAGCCCAGCACAACACACACAUUAGAUGCUGACAGAGGAAGAAAAAUGAUUCUAUGCAUGAACCCCGCUUUGGUAAGCCCAGCUCAGCGCCACAGACGGUCAUUGCUGUGAUGAUGCAUUGUUAAUGAGAGAGACGGAGAGAGGAGCUAUGGGGUGCCAGGUAGUUUAUCUCACCCAAACUCAGGUGGACAUAUCACAUCCUUGUUUUUCUGACAUUUAUAAGAUAGAAAAACAAGUGAUUAACCCGGCAGUCUGUGUGGCUCUUCAAUUAAAUCUGUUUUUAAAAAAAAAAUUACAGAGUGGAGGAAAUGAGUGAUUGUGAUAAUCAGAUUGUUGUGAUUUAUAAUGGACAGCUUCAGUUCGGUGUAAUGUUAAAAUGUUAAUCUCAUAUUGACGCUUUGCAUUGUCAUAUGUCCUGUUGCCCAUCUCCCUUACCCCUCCGAUUUUUUUUUUUUUUUUUUUUUUUUUUUUUUUCUGUGGACAUUUUAAGCCCAUUUCUGGAAAUGAGGCGGUUCUCCUUAAUUCAAACUUGUAAAAUUUAUUGGAAUGUGGCGUUUUAUAUUUUGAAUACUAUAACUUUGUGUAUUAAAAAAAAUACGUAGAUUUAUUCAGCAUGUCCACUGAAAAAAAAGGCAAUAACAAUACCACGUAGUGCAGAAAGAAGGAUUAGUUUGACUGAAAGCUUUGCUCCAGCAGAAUACUUAUUGGCAGUGUUUGAUGAUGGUUGUUGAGAUGAGCUACUGCUGUGCAUUCUCCAACAACUCCAAUGCAACAUUUGGACUUUUAUGAAAUCAAAUGCUCACUGUUCAUUGACAUCAAAGUUCAUUUUCUGUGUGUGCAACCAGGAUAUGAAAAAGUAAUAAAAAUGUGGAUGUG